AUGGACGGCGUCCUCGUCGGCGGCGCGCCGCUGGGCACGAAGCUGCCGACAGAGGAGGACGGCCUGCGGUCGACGAGGGUCGUGCAGCUGCCGCGCAUCCUGUCGGUGCUGACGCGCCAGGCGCACCUCAUCGGCAACGGCAUGCCGAACGAGUACCUCCGGGAGAUGGAGCGGGUGCGCGACCUCGAGGGCUUCGCGGCCGUCGUCUACUCGAGCAACUGGGAGAACGAGGUCAUGCGGGACCAGAACCUCGCGGCGGGCGUGGCCGAGGCCAAGGACGGCGGCGACAAGCCGGCGGCGGGCUCGGGCGAAGAGAGCAUCGUGCUUGUCGAUCGCCAGCCGAGUCUCGAGGAUGCCUGGAGCAGGGCGCAGCAGAAGUGA